AUGGCUGGCAACAUUUCCCUCAGCAGACGGGACAUUGAUGUCCUCGGCAAGAUCCGCGACCCCGAAUCCAACCCAGAGAGUGGGCUUCGCCUCGAUCCCUCGCUGCCCAAGGACCCGCACAUCACCGAUGCCGUUGAGUACGACGCCGUCAGCCAGAGGGAGCGGGAGCUCAUUCUGUCGAUGCAAGAGGCAGAGAUGGAGCUUGCCGGCCUCAAGGAGAAGACGCUGCCCGACCCCGUCGAGGCCUACCGGGCAUGUGUUGCUCGCCUGGGCAGGCUUGUCGAAGAGCACCCUCGGUAUGCCAGUGCGCGCAACAACCGCGCCCAGGCGCUGCGUCGCCUCUACGGCGACGACAUGCUUCUGGAGCCCAUCAUUGAUGGACCGGUGCUUGGCUCCCCGCGCCCGCAACGAGGCGUCGAGGCGAUUUUGAGCGGCCCUGCGGCCGACGCGACGGAGCGUACAGAGGCGGCCGCCACCGUGCUCUCCGACCUCGACCGGGCCAUUGCCUUGUUAAUGCCCGCGCCCGCCAGUCUAGCAUCCGCCGCGCUCUCGCCGACCGCCGCCAAGACGCUCUCCCUCGCCUUCACCCAGCGCGCCGCCAUCUACUAUGCCUCAUCCAAGCAGCUUGCUUCCAACAGCAGGCGCUGCAAUGCCGCGGUCGACCGGCCUGAGGCGCGCUGGUCCGAGAUGGACUUUGAGGAGGCGGCAUCGCGCGACUUUGCCAUGGGCGGCCGCUUCGGUAACGAGAUUGCCCGUGGCCUGGCCGUGGGUACGAACCCAACUGCCAAGUUGUGCGGCCAGAUGGUACAGCAGAUGAUGAAGGGCGAGUACGGCGCCGAAAACGGAAGUGGCUCGAAAGUCUGA